AUUUCCACAAAACCCCGUGCAAAGACCACGCAAGCGUUCGCCAGAUCACCAUAUUAACGAAGCAUUGCCCGCCAAAGUUGCUCUUGACGUCUCGGUUAGGGAGUUUAAUGCAUUUGUGAGAACAAUAUGGUGGAAGUUGAAGAGCUUGGAACUGUAGCACCGAAAGGUGAUCAGGCCUUAGGUGACAAUGCUGAGCCAAGUGCCGGUGUGGACGCCCAGAAAGAGCAAGGGGGAAACAACGCCUCUGUUCCAGAUCACAUUGAAAGUGAUGGCAGUAGCUCAGAUGAUGGCAGCGAGGACAGUGACGACAGCAGUGGCGACAUUGAUGUGGACGCCGAGACUGCCCAGAAGCUCAUGACACUGGAGCACGAACUGCAAACCAACCCGACAUACGAAAAGCACUUGGAGUACAUCACCCUGCUACGGGAGACCCCCGGCCUGCGCACCCGGCUGCGUGACGCCUACGAGGCCUUCGCCGCCUCCUUCCCGCUCAGCGCUGAGCUGUGGCUGGGCUGGGUGAACGACGAGCUGGCGGGCGGGGCGGUGGCGGAGCCGGAGCAGGUGUCCUGGCUGCUGGGUCUGCUGCGGCGAGCCGCCACCCGGGACUACCUGGCGCCCGGGGUGUGGGAGCUGUACCUGGAUGUGGCUCACGACCUGGACCCGGCCGUGCGGGAGCUGCAGCCCGAGGGCGUGGAGCGCUACCGGUCGCUGUGCGAGGAGGCGCUGGCGGCGGCGGGGCUGCACCUGGGGGAGGGACACCGCAUCUGGGACAAAUACAGGAAGUUCGAGUUGGCGGUGGAGGCCAAGCUGGCUGCAGCGGCAGGGGCGGCGGGAGGGGGCGGGGGUGCGGCGUCUCGGCAGCAGGACCGGGUGCGGGCGCUGUACCAGCGGCAGCUGCAGGUCCCCCUCCAGGACGGGUCUGCGACACUGGAGGAGUACAAGGCGUGGGAGGCGGGGCACGGCAAGUCCGUACCCGCCCACGUGGCCAAGGCUGCGGAAAAGGCCCGGGAGGCAGCGGACGUGCGCGCCGGCUGCGAGGCGGCUGUAGCACCCGAUCUGCCGUACGACGUGACUAAGCUGGGCGCCUUCAUGUCGUACAUCAACAUGGAGCAGAAGGGCGGUGACGCGGCGCGGGUGCAGGUGGUGUACGAACGCGCCGUGGCGGCGUUCCCUCUAACCCACAGCCUGUGGCUGCAGUACGGGCAGUACCUGGAGACGCACACCAAGCUGCCGGGCCCUAUCAAUGACGUGUACGGCAGGGCUGUACGGAACUGCCCCUGGGUGGGCGCCGUGUGGGAGCGCGCCAUUCGCGCGCUGGACCGUACGGCAGCGCCGCAGGAGGCGGUGGACGAGGUGUACGGCAGGGCGCUGCAGGCGGGGCUGCAGAACCCCGAGGACGUGUUGUCGGUCGUGCUGGCUCGACUGGACUUCCUGCGCCGCCGGGCGGUGGAGGCGGGAGCCACCGCCACCAGCACUGCUGCCGCCUCCGCUGCCGCCUGUGCUGCGCUGCGGGAGGCGUUCCAGGCCGCCAGCGAACUGAUGAUGUCGCACUUCCCGGACUACCUGGACAGGUCGCUGCGGUUGCCCGCCUACUGGGCUCACUGCGAGGAGCACGUGGCGGGCAGCGUGGCGGCGGCGCGGGAGGUGUGGGAGGGAGCCAUCAAGGGAGGGCUCGGAAGGUUCGCGGAGGUGUGGGAGGCCUACAUCGGCAUGGAGCGAGCGGGGCGGAGGAUCAAGGAGGCGCGGGCGCUGUAUAAGCGCUGCUACAGUCGACGCUUCGAGGAGGAUGGCCAGCUGCGGCUUUGCCACGCCUGGUUGCGGUUUGAACGAGAGGAGGGCAGUGCUGACGACUACUUACAAGCGUUGCUCAAGGUGGAGCCUAUCCUUGAAGAGAACGCGGCUGCAGCUGUCGCUGCUGCAGAUCCCGCAGCAGCAGCUGCUGCUAAGGCGGCUGUCCAGAGGGCGAAGAAUCUUUCCAAGGAGGAAAUGAGGGCGAUGCGACAAGCCAAGGAUCCCAACUUCCUGAAAGAGAGCAAAGAAACGAAAACCAAGAAGGAUAAAGAUGUCAAAGGCGGCAAGGUGGCCAAGCGCGUGCGUCAGGACGACGGGCAAGGGACCUUGGCCCCUGCUGAGGGCGAUGACAUAGCCACGUUGGAGCCCGCUAAGCGCGUCCGCAUGCACGAGCCAGAGCCCGCUGCUGAUGCUGCCCCUCAAGCCGCAGCAGCUGACCCGGACGGCGACGCUGAGAUGGGCGAGCAGCACGAGGAGGCCGCCGCGCACGAGGACCACGCAGAGGCCGUAUCCGGCGGCGAUCACGAUGCUGGGGAGGCAGCAGGUCCGGGCCCAGGAACGAAGGCGGCCCAGGGAGCAGCGCGGCCGCACUACACGGACAAGCUGACGGUGUUUAUCAAGGGGCUUCGUACUGCAGUGAAGGACGAGGAGUUGGCGGCGUUCCUGCGGCAGCACGUGCCAGAUGGAGUUAAGGACAUACGGGUGCCGCGUGACCAUGAGACCGGGCAGGCGCGGGGUUUCGCCUACGUUGAGUGCAGCUCCCGUGAGGCGCUGGACAAGGCGGUGUCGCUCAACGGCUCAUCCUUCCAGGGGCUGCAGCUCUUCAUCGCGGAGUCCAAGCCGCCAGGACAUGCGGGGCCCGGCGGCCGCGGAGGCGGCAGGGGGCGCUUCGGCGGGGCCCCGCCGCCGGGCGGCCGGGGGACGUUCAGGGGUCGCGGGCGCGGCUUUGGUGGUCGGGGAGCAGGUGGUGGUGGUGAGGGUGGUAACGAGGAUGCGGAGAUGGAGGACGUGGGAGAGGGCGGGGGUCGCGGCGGCCGCGGUGGGAGCCGUGGCGGGAGGCAUCCGGGGCUGGGGCACCCCAGGGGACGCGGGCAGAUGCGGACGCACCUACAAAUGGCCCAAGGCACCAAGCCUCCCACGGCGCUGGUGCCGCGCUCUGUACAGCUGGGUGGUAGCGGCGGAGCGGCUGCUGAAGGCGGCGGCGGAAGCGGCCAGCCUCUGUCCAAUGACGACUUCCGCAAGAUGCUGCUUGCAGGGAAGAAGUAGCACGCUGGGGGGGGGCUGGACCUUUGCAGGGGCGGGUUGGUAUUGAGCAGCUGUUGGGAUGUACAGUUGGCGCUGGCUGGGGUGUCGGGUACGCGCAGUUGUGCAGAUUGAGAGGAUAUGUGCAGGAUACAGCAUGCAUGCAGCGUGUGGGGCAGGAGGUCAGGUGCAUCGAUUGCGCACGGUUGGUGUAGCAUUUAGGCAAUUGCACAUGCGCAAGGAUCAGUAGCCAUGAGGGGGUUGAGUUUAGUGUUUACGGCGGCGAAAAUGGUCGCAACGUUUGUAACCACCCUAAGGAU